GCGAUUCGAGAACCGUCUCGAGCGCGGACUGCCGAUAUCGCGCCGCUAAUAUUUAUUAUCACCACCUGCGCGUUAUCAUACACCGGUCGGAGUCGGUGCUUCCGGGAUGAGAAGGGAACCCCCGCUCCCAGGAGAGGCUGCUCCACCGAGAUUUCCAGGACCUCUUCCCGCAAUUAAAUAAAUCUCGAAAUCUCAGAAUUUUAGACAAUCCCACCUCCUAGGGGGAAUUUUAUAAAUCAUUUUCUCGAUCACCUGGAGGAUGUGGAGGGCUAGCUCCAAGAGCUACAAGUCCCGGGGAGGAACCUGAAGAGUCCCACGAGGGUCUGAAAAUUCGGCAGAAGCGACGAAGGACUCGAUAUCCAAACAGGGUGCAAAAUCUCAGAUUUUCCAAUCGAAGAGAUUUUUCUUUAGCGAUGAAGAACCAGUGCUUGGCGAGGAGUUCCUGAAGAGGGAGCCGAAGAGGUCCCAGUCUCAGGCGUCUUCGAGAGGAAAUUCGAAAGCAUGAACGGAGGGAUGAUUUAAGACUGAGCCGAUAAUCGAUCCACGAUGAUCUAUCAAUCGAGCCAUCAGGCACCGACCAUGUCGUCCACGAGGAAGUCCUCGCCGCGUCCUCAGCGUCGCGGCGCUCAGUCCUCGGGGAAGUCCUCCACCUCGUCCUCCUCUUCGGCAUCUUCCGCCAGGAGCAAGCGGUCGGAGAAACCUGCGGAAAAGUGCAGGGGCAGGUGCAGGGUGCAGUGGAGCGAGAAACACGUCAAGGAGGGCCUGGUCCUUGUCCAGGAGGCGCAGCUCGCCAGGGUGGUCAAAACUGGACCCAUCUCGGAGUAUUACGAGAUCGACGCCAAGCCAUUCGCCAGUGGACAGUGGGCCAGGGUGUACCGGUGCAAGUCCAGGUCCUCUGGCAUCGUCUACGCGGCUAAAUAUUCCUCCAGGAGUCGAUUCAACGCCGAUUGCAGUGCGGAACUUCGACAUGAAAUCGCUUUGCUCAGUUUGUGCUCCCAGUCGCCGAGGGUAGUCAGACUCCACGACGUCUACGAGACCCCGAAGGAGAUCAUCCUGGUGAUGGAGUUUGCCCCUGGGGGAGAUUUACAGACUCUGAUAGACGGCGACCUGGUUCCUCUCGAGGGCGACGUGGUGCAUUUCGUGAGGCAACUCGUCGAGGGACUCGCCUAUCUCCACGAGAGGAACAUCGCUCACCUGGACAUCAAGCCGCAGAAUCUCGUCAUGAUGGGGACGUUUCCGGAGUGCGACGUCAAGCUUUGCGACUUUGAGAUCUCCAGGGUGAUCCUGGAAGGCACGGAGGUCAGGGAGAUCCUCGGCACACCUGAUUACGUGGCCCCGGAGAUCCUGCACUACGAGCCCAUCACCCUGGCGGCCGACAUGUGGUCCCUCGGAGUGACGACUUACGUCCUAUUGACGGGGUUCUCGCCCUUCGGGGGUGAAACCGACCAGGAGACCUUCAGGAAUAUUUCCCUGGGCGAGGUGGACUUCCCUGAGGAGCUCUUCGAGGACGUUUCGACGCAGGCCAAGGACUUCGUGGCCAAACUGCUCGUCCCAGACCCGAGGGGGCGGAUGACGGCCAAGCAGUGCCUGCGUCACGACUGGCUGAGAGGAGCCCCUACGCAGGCGUCCCCUCAUCUGAGGAGGUACCUGUCCAAGUCCAGGGAGGUGUUGCUAGAAAGGGUGGUCAGCAGGGAAAACCUGCGACGAGCUGCCCUGCUGAGCCAGGCGAGCAGUCAGGUGAGCCUGUCGAGCGAGGUGGACCCCAGCAGGUGGCUGAACAGCAACCUGAGCCAGAGCGAGGUGUGCCUGAGUCAAGGAUUGAGUCUCAGCAGGAGCAGCCUGCCCAGCAGCGAGGAGGGUGUGAGUCCUGCGGACUCCAGGACGAGCCUGGAUUCCCCUGGGACGAAUUUCGCGCUGAGCCAGAGUUGCCUGCUGAACAAGGAGCAGACUCAGGGGCUGCUGAGCAAGGCGCAGAGCAGGUCGCAGGCGAAUCUGGACCAUGGCUCGAGUCGCAGACUGCUCUCCAGGAUGAGGAACCUGAACCAGAGCCAGUCUCAGGCGUGUCUGUUGAAUGGGAACGAUGGAGUCUCAGCCAGGAGUUUGAAGAGAGCCAUGGACCCGCUGUUCAGCAGGUCGAGAGAGAAGCUGUACGGCCUCAGGAGCCUCUCCAAGUCUCAGGGAGUGCUUGGCAUCUAUAGGAGCCUCGAGUGCCUGAGGAACAGAAAAAACAGCGGUCAGGUGGCCAGGACUGAGGACAUGCUGCCAAUAUUCAGCCAGCUGAGCGUGGAGAUCGCCAAUUCUUCGGGGUCCUCGGCAUCGUCGGCGUCGAUGGUCUCCUUGGUGCAGGGGAUUCCCAGCCCUGGCUCAAACCAACUGUCUGGGACUCCGCCUGCUGCGAAUCCACCGAUGAUCGACAGGUUGGAGGAACUUGCUGGGGUCGAGGGUUCCAAGUUGGAUUCCGGGGACUCUUCGGAGUUCCAGGGGUCUCAAGGAAUCCCAAGCGUGGAGGUGGUGGUCCCUGGGGAGGAAGGAGUCUCAGCAGGGGUGGAAAUUGUGGUUUCUGGGAAUGGAGGAGUCUCGAAGGAGGGUCCAACUGCGAAAAUCCAGCGGAAGGCCAGCUCUAGCUAUGAGUCCGAGGAGAAUCUGAAUUCCCUGCAGUCCAUAGAGUCCGAUACUUUGACAGAGGACUCGGACGAGCCUGCUCCUGGGGAGAAGUCCCUGCUGGGAAUCCUGCAGCCCAGCCAGAGGCAGCAUUCGGAUGUCUCGAGCCACUCAAAUAAUUCUGGGAAUUCCGAUGAGAAGGAGGAGCACUCGGAGUCUGAGCACGAGGAGCCGAAGUACACCGUCGCUCAGCUGGUCUCAGCGUUUAAUAGACAUCAGGAAGUGGCCUCGAAGAGCAGCCUAGAAGCCAUCAUGACGGAGAAGAGGAUCAACGAGGUCAACUUUCCGACUGGGCCCAAAGCGCUCAGGCUCUUCAUCCCGGAUAUCGAUAUCACCGGGAGCAGCAUCGUCAGGAGAAGGACCAGCUACAAGCCCAGGAAAAAUUGGGAAGAGCUGAGGAAACGGAACGAAAGGAACGAGGGCGUCCUCAAGGACUUGGAUCGUGACUCUGGGAACGAGGAGGAUGAAGAUCCUCUGGAGAAAAACCAGGACAAGGAGGUCGGGACGAAGGACGACACCCUGAAGACGGAUUCUCGACUUCGAGAUGGACUCGCCGGUGGUCCCAACCAGGAAAGGGACGUGGUAGAAGUUGGUCCCGCGCAAUUCAGGACAGACCUUGAAGACUCGGAGAGGACGCGUUUCUGCCCUGAAGUUCAGGAUAGGGUGGAAGUCAGCUCCGGGCAUUUCGGAGGGAUUCUGGAGGAGAUGGAGAACGCCAAGGUGAAGUUCUCCGAGGAGGUGGACCCGAAAAUCGAUCUCAAGUACAAGCAGUGCGUGGACGGGGUGAAAUCCGGCGAGCAAGAUCCCGAUGAGCACCUCGAAGAGAGGUCCUCGAGGACGAGGCCCACCGGAGGUUCGAGGUACGUAGGAGAGAGAGUGGCCAACUACAUUUUCCCGGAAAUCGCAGCAAAGGAGGAGAGGGUCUCUUCAAGGUCCGGCCAGGAGAGGAAAAAGGUCGUCCUAGGAACUUCUAGGUCCAGGAACGACUCUCCUCCAGGCAGCGACAGCACCGUCAACCUGAAGGACAUCCUGCAGAGCGCCGACUCCUUCGAGGCCUCCUCGAAGGAAAACCUGGAGAACUUGAGGAAAAGGACCUCGAUCGCCAAGAUCAUCGUCAACGACAACCUCGCCUGCGACAGCGACUCGAACAACAAUGGAACGAGUCCUCCGGGCUGCAGGCCGGCGAAUGGCCAGAAGGACGAGGAGUCCUGCAGACUCUACGUCCCCCCAUCCUUCGUGAGGUCCUCGUCCUUGUCCAGCGAGAGCAGUUGUCCUACGCCUUCGAGUGCCAGGUCAGAGAUAGGCACAUCCUGGGAGGACGUCCAGGGGACCAAGGGGUCCUGCACUUCUUUAGAGAGAGAGGAGAACAGGUGCUCCAAGAGGACCCCUGGACAGGAUUCCAGGAAGACCGCUUCCAGUCCCGAAGAGCGCAGGACUUGGGGCAAGGUCUGCACAGGAUCCUACACCAGGGCGAUGGAAAGGUUCUCCGGAAGGGGUGCCGAUGCUUCCAGGAAAUCCCCAAAUCUCCCCCAAUUCCCCAGGGAGCCGGAGAAGACCAGGAGGAAGAGCAGUCCCGCGAUGCCGCAUCUCGUUGACUCCUAAGGAGAAAUUAGACCCUUUAAUUAGAGACCUUGAGUUCUUUUCCAGGCAAGACUGAUCGACACUCGAACGCGAUUUUCGCGGCGUUCUCCGAGGAAUUUGUACAUUUUAAGGGUGGUUCAAGCGAGGUUUUUCGAAUUUAAACACUAGCUCCCUUUCCUCCUUCCAUUUUCUCGGAUCAGGGAACUCGGUAGAGUUUCGCGCGAAAUAUACACACUUGCUAGGAUUUAUUAUUAUUAGGACGUUUCGCAGCGCACGAGGACGCUGCGGGAGUGCCGUUUUAAUUUUAAAUAAAUAAGAUAAAGAAAUGUAUAACGACGCAGGAGUUAAAAUGGCGGCUCGGGAGCGUUUGCCACCAGAAUGAGAAUUUUAGGUGGAACGCGAUUCCCUCGCCAAGGCCGCGUUUCCGUAUUCGGUCAGAGACGCGUGAUUCACGCGUGUCCGAGGUGAACGCGAGAAACGCGCGUUUUCCGCACGCGAAUCGCAUUGCGCCUUGAAAUUGGAGCACGCACGAAGAGGCAGGAUGACAUGUUAUGUAAAGUGGAGCCUUAUUCUCGACAGGCCGAUUAUUUAUUAGCUCUCCUCGGAUCGUCGUGCGCCGUCCAUAAUCGCAUUAAAUCCUGACCGGUUUCUGUUCUUCUUCCAUCUUUUUCUUUUUCUUUUUUAUUUAUUCCGGCAGCGGUUAAAUUCCUGGCUUAUCGUUGAGUAAUACAGAAACGCUCCUAUGGACCAAAAUAUUCGGGGCGGAGACGACGAAGACUCGAGGAGUUGUUGGCUUUGAGGUCGGCAACUUCCGUUUCCUUGAAAAAAAAAAAAA